AUGGAUGAAAGCAGAACAGGGCCAGCUGCGGGGACCCACAGAAAACAAAGAGAUCAGGCAUUCGGAACUUUGCUAAUCAUGCCACUGAGGCCUGACCUCAUAUUGGCAGCAGCCCAGAAGAAUGUAAUAGAAUUAGAUGGCUUGGUGACAACUAGACCUGAUGUUAUUGAUUAUGUUUUCCCCUUGCGGAGACCUAAUUGGGACCCCAAUACGUACGAAGUUAGGGGGAGCCUGUCCACCUAUCGCCAGACUCCCAUGAGAGAUCUCCAGAAAGCAGCUAGGAAGCCCACCAAUUUUGCCAAGGUAAAAGAGGUAAUACAGGGACCCUACGAGCCUCCCGGGGUUUUCAUAGAAAGGCUAAUGGAAGCCUACAGGAGGUAUACCCCUUUCGAUCCAACCUCCAAAACUCAUCAAGCUUCAGUCAUUAUGGCUUUUGUAGGGCAGUCAGUAGCAGAUAUUAGAAAGAAACUUCAGAGGCUGGAGGAUAUCCGGGGAAAGACAUUACAGGACCUAGUAAAGGAGGCUGAAAAAGUGUUCAGUAAGAGAGAAAGAAAGGAGGAAAGAGAGGAGCGACUAGAAAAGGGGGGUCGGGGCUCCAACCGCCUCCGGGAGCUCAGGGCUAAAUUUAAGGUGGAGGGGAUUCCCAUAGACUUUGAACUUGACACAGGGGCAGUAUACUCGGUCCUAAAGAAGCCUUUAGGAUCUCUCUCUAGUAAGCAAUCCUUAGUACAAGGAGCUAAUAGAAGUAGCUACCAUUCUUGGACUACUUCCCGAGCUAUGGACUUGGGGAAAGGAGAAAUCAAGCAUUCUUUCCUGGUCAUACCAAACUGCCCCUCACCUCUAUUGGGAUGGGACUUGCUAACCAAACUCAGAGCCCAGAUAAUUGCUUUUCUAAAUCCCAAUGUCCAACCACUUACCACCUCUGUCCUGACCAUUAGGGCUGAGGAUGAAUAUAGACUAAUCACAAAUGAUCCCUUGCCACAUGGAAACCAAGACACCGAUUUUUGGUUAAGAAUAGCUCUGGGACCUUGGGCCAAAACUGCUGGACUGGGGAUGUCUACCUUGCAGGCUCCAAUAGUGGUAGAGUUGAAAGCUACUGCUGUUCCUGUGUGAGUCAGACAGUACCCCAUGAAUCAGGAAGCGAAGAAAGGCAUAACUCCUUAUAUUCGGAAACUUCUCCAACAGGGGGUUCUAGUACAGUGUCAGUCAGCCUGUAAUACUCUACUACUCCCAGUUAAAAAGCCAGGAACCGGGGACAAUCGGCCAGUACAGGAACUAAGGGCGGUUAAAAGCCAAGUAGAAGUCAUCCAUUCCACUGUGCCUAACCCAUACAAUCUCCUCAGCACCUUAAGCCCUGAAAGAGUAUGGUACACUGUACUGGACUUAAAGGAUGCUUUCUUCUGCCUGUCUCUACAUCCGGCCAGUAAACCCUUAUUUGCUUUUGAGUGGACUGAUCCGGAGGCAGGAAUUUCAGGUCAACUAACCCGGACCAGAUUGCCCCAGCAAUUUAAGAACUCCCCUACCAUCUUUGAUGAGGCCUUGCACCAAGACUAGUCUUUCCACAGCCAGCACCCCCAGAUUACCUUGCUACAGUAUGUGGAGGGUCUUUAA